CCCCUUUUCUGCUAAUAAUGAAAGUUUCUCCCGCAGGUCGCCUCGGCGGCUGCAGGCGGCUGCAUCUCGGGAGAAACUGGCCGAGCCGGUGGCAGCGGCGCCUUUUCUCACGACGGCCGCUAGAUGGCACCCUUGCUCCACGCGAAAAUCCCCGGUGCGGCGGCGGCUGCGGACUCUGGCGGCGGCACCGCGCACCUUGGUCGGCCCUCAAUCUAUGAACUGAGCGCUACCAAAAGUCAUGAAUAAUUUGCGCGUAAUAAAAAUAUAGGGUUCAUUAUGGCCGUUUCCCCCAUUUUAUAGAUUUCAGAUAUAGUGUGUUUCUCCCCCCCCCUCCCCCGCCCUUCCCCUCAAAUGGUCAAUUUUCUGAAUUUCCCCCAGGAGGAGGUCUCAGCGCUUCUCACCCAGUUUCUGUGGUCGGUAGGGGAACCAAUGCCUGAAAACGGGCAGUAGCAGUAGUAACGAUGAUGAUAAUAAUAAUAAUAAUAAUAGGGAAAUGGGCAAAAUAAAAGGGGAGAACUGGUUGGGAAAAAUGAGAUUUUCCGGGAGGGGAGCUAGAGGAAUGUCUAGCCGGAUGCGGGUGAGCAGGUCAGGUGAAAGGGGCGAGAGGGUAGAAGAGGGUCGGAUGAAGAGGAAGCUGCCCCCAGACGGGAUCAGCAGGAGAGGGAACCGGGUGAGCCAGCCCAGGGUUUGGGGGUUGCAAUGUGGGGGAGAAAUGGAUCCUUGGCGUUGGUGGGGAUUCGUCGGUGCCCAAAGCCGGCGGGGCGUCUCAGCACGGACGGACGGAGGCUUCAGAGCCUUUGUGCGCGUCCGGGGCUGGGCGCGCGCCGGGGGAUCCAGGCGCGGGGCAGGGGCUCCCCACAACGGCGAGGCGCGGGAGGUCUCGUAUAUUUUCUCAGCUGUUCUGCGCGCCCCAAGUUGGGCAGCCCAAAAAGUGUGCGUUUUCCGGCUGGAUGUGGGGGCGGGCACGGCGGCGUGAAGCAGGAGCUCGGUUCUCCGCGGCCGGUCCGUGGCUUCCAGGUGAGAGCUCCGGAUCCGUGCAGCCCUGCUCCUGGCAAACCUCGGGGACAAGGGUCCUUCCGAAAUUUAGCAGCUGGAGGCUUGGACUGCGGGUAAUUUUCCUUCUGAGACCCAAGAGCUGUCUGUCCAUAACCCUUCUGAUUCCAAAUCUCCCAUUUCCUCCUGGCCCAGCCUGAUGCGUGUCCCCCAAUCCGGACAAACCUGCCUGAGAAAUAGACACCCCCCCCCUCCUUAAAAUUAGCCUCGCCGCGGUCUCUCUUCUCUUCCCCCAAGACCGGGUGCAGAGAGACCAGCGGAGUUUCUCAACUUGAGUUUCUCUAAUAAAUCUGCGCUCCGUUGGGUGUUUAUAAAUUAUCUCCUCGCUCUUUCUUGUUUUUUCUUAUAAUAGAAACAUUUUCCUUCCAUCAGGAAUUUCUGGCACGGUGUAGGGAUGAUUUAGAACAAGUCAUUGAAUUUCUACCUCACCGCUCUCUCUCGCGCUCGCUCUCUCUCGCUCGCACCCUCGCUCUGCGUUCUGUCCGGGAGGAGUACGGAGAAGCCAAUAGGAUGCGGGGUCUCUAAUGGAUGCAAAUGAUCAUGAAAAGACAGUGCAAAAUAUGAAACAACUCAUUUGCAGGGAAGUAAAUCACCGAAAACUGUUUAUGAACUGGCAUCCCUUCUUCGAAAUGUAAAGCGAGGACCUCUUUAAGUGGCGGUAUAUUUUUGUUUGGGGGGUGGGGGGUGGGGGGAGGGCGAGCGAGCCGCGGCUGCCAUGCAAGCUUAGACUUUUGGAGGCUUCGCUGCCCUUUUCUAUUCCUGGAAAUCACAAAAAGUGAGGCGGCUUCGAGAUCUUCUUCGCCUUUUCUUUCUUUUCUUUUUUCCCCCUCCUCCCUUUCCCUCUCCUUUCCUGGCGAGGGUGACUAGGAGCCGGCGAAUCCGCGUUUUUUUUCUCUCUCUCUCCCUCCCUUUCCCCCUCCCCACCCCCUCCCCAACAGCCCCCAACUACAGCCGCCGCCGCCGCCGCCGCCUCAAAAUUCAAUAAAAUGAGCUCUUAUUUCGUCAACUCACUGUUCUCCAAAUACAAAACCGGGGAGUCCCUGCGCCCCAAUUAUUAUGACUGCGGCUUCGCCCAGGACCUGGGCGGCCGACCCACCGUGGUGUACGGUCCCAGCAGCGGGGGCAGCUUCCAGCACCCGUCGCAAAUCCAGGAGUUCUACCACGGGCCGUCGUCGCUGUCCACCGCUCCCUACCAGCAGAACCCGUGCGCCGUGGCGUGCCACGGGGACCCGGGCAACUUCUACGGCUACGACCCGCUGCAGCGACAGAGCCUGUUCGGUGCGCAGGAUCCAGACCUGGUGCAGUACGCCGACUGCAAGCUCGCCGCCGCCAGCGGCCUGGGCGAGGAGGCCGAGGGUUCCGAGCAGAGCCCGUCGCCCACACAGCUCUUCCCCUGGAUGCGCCCGCAAGCAGCCGCCGGACGCAGGCGAGGCCGACAGACCUACAGCCGCUACCAGACCCUGGAGCUGGAGAAGGAGUUCCUAUUUAAUCCCUAUCUGACUCGCAAGCGGCGGAUCGAGGUAUCGCAUGCGCUGGGACUGACAGAGAGACAGGUCAAAAUCUGGUUCCAGAACCGGAGGAUGAAGUGGAAAAAAGAGAACAACAAAGACAAGUUCCCCAGCAGCAAAUGCGAGCAGGAGGAGCUGGAGAAACAGAAGCUGGAGCGGGCCCCGGAGGCGGCGGACGAGGGCGACGCGCAGAAGGGCGACAAGAAGUAGGCUCCAGCUGGGACUGCCAGGGCUGCGGCUGCCCUCCGUCCGCGGGUCCCCCGACCACGCCGCCGUCGCCCGCCCCCGCCCGAGAGAGCUCUGGCCCCGCGAGCGGGGCCGGGAGCCUGGCCUCCCGCCGCAGCGUCCCCCGCCGCGCCAGUCCCCGCUAGUGGUAGUAUCUCGUAAUAGCUUCUGUGUGUGAGCUACCGUGGAUCUCCUUCCCUUCUCUUGGGGGCCGGGGGAGGGAAAAGAAAAGGAUUUUAAGCAAGGACUCCCUCGCCCUGCGAGGGUGAGCGGCUGCGGCCUGGCUGAGCCCCCCACGCCCCCGCCCCGUGUAAAAAGCCUCCUUGUGCAAUGGUCUUUUUUCCUUUGAACGUGCUUCUUUGUAAUGACCGAGGUACCGAUUUCUGCUAAGUUCUCCCAACAACAUGAAACUGCCUAUUCACGCCGUAAUUCUUUCUGUCUCCCUCCCCUUCUCUCUUCUCUCUCUCUCUCUCUCUCUCUCUCUCUCUCUCUCUCUCUCGUCCUCAUUUCCCCCUCCCAACCCCUCUCUCCCCGCUGCCCUCCCUAGCUCGCUGGCUUUCUCUCUUGCUUCUCUCUUUUCCUCCCAACACCCCCGCCCCCUUUGGUUUGGCAAUUUCGUCUUAAGUGUUUCUCAAAAGAGGUUACUUUAGUUAGCAUGCGCGCUGUGGGCAAUUGUUAAAAGUGUUCUUAGGUUUACUGUGAAGAGAAUGUAUCCUGUAUCCGUGAAUUGCUUUAUUGGGGGGUGGGAGGGCUAAUUAUAUAUUUUGUUGUUCCUCUAUACUUUGUUCUGUUGUCUGCGCCUGAAAAGGGCGGAAGAGUUACAAUAAAGUUUACAAGCGAGAACCCGA